CGGCUCUUGACUUGGGCAAUAUGAGAAGUUCUCCUGGGCUCCGACUACUCAGUAGCAGUUGUUUCACCCCCAGAGCAUCUUUUGGCAGAUGGGGGACUGCAGUACAAUCGACAAGUCUACAAUUUAAAACGUCAUCAGAGCUUGCUAAUGCUAUUAAAGUACAAAAUUGAGUUGGGCAGUGUAAUGGGUUCAUUCACGUCUGUUGGAUUAUAAAUGUUUGUCUUCUGUGGGGAGAAACAGCAGUGAAGAGGUUUGGGGUGUUUUUUGGUUGGGUUUUUUAAAAAGUACGCUAUCACUAGUCCGUUGUGGUUAGGGUCAUAACACUGUGGAAUAGUUUAGUGGCCAAAGUUAACCCUGGUAUAACUUGACUGAUUGUGGUGGAGUUACACCAGGGAUAAAAUUAGUCCUAAAAUGUUUUUAAAAUAAAAUAUUAACAUAUCUAGUCUUGUUUAACGCUUUUCUAGGAAAAAGUUAAAAUCUCUAAUAUUUAUGAUGGCUCUGACACUUAAAAUAUAAAGUAACGUUUAUAGGGAAUUGGAAUUGACAUCUAUAAUUGACUUCCUGCCUAUAUGAAUGUUGUUUUUACUACACUUAAAUGGGAAUAGGAAUAUUUAUCUUCAAUCUUUGUCAGAUGUAAGAUUUUAAACAGAACUGUUAUAGCUGGGGGGAGGGUGAAGGGGAGGGGAAGGCAAGAGGGGAUGGACUAGACAAAGAAGUUCUUUAAGACCCCAUGUUGAAAUCCUACACAAAAUAACACAAAAUCAGGAGUACUGUAAUACCCAGUUUAGAAUUGUUCAAGUUGUCAUUCUUUUUAACUCAGAAAUUCUUUGAAGAAAUCAAUUUCUUUAUCCAUCCUGAUUCAAUUUUACUGUACCUGCAUUGUUUGCUUGUGCUCUGCCUCUACAUAGUGGCCCUUUGAAAACUCAGGAAGUGUCACAAUUUACAGGGCUCAACUUUGAAUGUAGUGUUGUUAUGAAAAGCCAAGCUUGGGUCAUGGAUGGAGGGACUUUGUGGUUUUGGUUUUAUUGAAAUUUAUGCCCAUAAAUGUUCUUUAAUCUGUAUUGAAAACAAAGAAUACAAUUGCUGCUCACGCAUGUAUUUUUUCCAUAGAAUAGUUUUAAGAUGUGCUCUCUUGGUUGUUGUAUAAGGAACUUCUUUUAUGAGAGGAACCACAUCUGGAUUUGAUAAUCCUGUCUGACCCUGGGGACACUUACUUCAAACUAACUUUAUCCCUUGUGCUUUAAAAUGUAUGAUUUAGUUCGAUAGCACUAAUAUUUUCAAAUACAAGAGUCUGCAGCAGAGUUUAGUUGAGUGGCAUACUUUCCUUUUAUCCAAGCAGGUAAAUAUGUUUUGCCUACAGUGGUUAAUGUAUAAUAGUAGGUAAAGCCUGGGGUUGGGAGGUGGGUGGAGAAAGAAGAUAUAAAAUGGUCCUUUCCUUUUAUGAUGAAACUGAAAUGUUGUCAGUAUAUAACAGUUAUGAGAGUGCCCUACAAUAUUAUGAAAAUACACUACACCUACACAACAGCUAUAGUAUCAGCCAAAACCACAAGUGAGACAAGGUGGGUGAGAACCAUAUUACCCACCUUGCCUCCCUAAUAUCCUGGGAUCAACAUGACUACAGCACUACAAAAACAAAAGUGUUCAGGUAAGUAAUGUUGUAAAAGUGAAUUAAGUCAGUUGAAAGUGCUCAGAUACUACAGUGAUGAGGGGCUAAGCAAGUACCUAGAUACUUUUUAUACUUACCUUUUCAAAUGUUAAGUAUGAAGAAAAUAAGAAACUGGUAAUAUAACUAUAGAAUGUACAACCAUACACUGUUGUGUAGAUUCUUCUGUAACCAGUUGUAAUCUCAUGUACUUCUGAAACUGCAGUUACUAAAAUGAAAUAUACAGUGGUUACUGUCAUUACUAGGAUGCUAAUCCACAUAACUUGCAGUAACACAUUCCCAUGUCUGAUAAUAUCUGGUACAGAAGCUGUCCGACCCACUGUGCGGAACUAGUUCAAAGCAUGUUGUAAAAGGAAGAAUAGUGAAGUAGUUGUUCUGAAUGAAACCAAGUAUAAACUUAUUCUGAUACAUUUCAUGUAGAUGAGGUAUGCUUUCUCACCUGCAUAGCUCGUUCUCAGUAUGUUUUCUUCUUUAAACAGCUUGAUGGUUUUAGUGUGAUGUGUAUUAGUGAUUUGUCAAAAAUAAAAAAAAAUAUUUGUGGUUAACUGGUUCUACAGUGAAAAUCUCAUUCUAUAAGUGAAGCAAAGCAAAAGUACAGAAAAGUGAAAAUUAGUGUGGGUUGUUAUUAGUAUGUGUUUUAGUAGAGCGAGUCUUUAAUAACUCUUGAAAUUUUAAGUUCUGUCAUCAGUGCACUAAGAAGAGCUCUGUGUACACUUGAAAGCUUGUCUAUCUUACCAACAGAAGUUGGUCCAAUAAAAGAUAUUACCUCGCACAUCUUGUCUCUCUAAUAUCCUGGGACCAGCCGAUACAGCAACACUGCAUGCAUUAAAUUAUGUCAGUCUUCAGCUGCCAAACCAUACUGAAUUUUUGCAGUGGGAAGAUAGCUAAUUUCUAAAAUAGGCUGUACUUCAAAAAUUAAUUCUUGUAAUGAUUCGAUCAUUCAGUUUUUCUCUUUGAAGAAGAGAAUUUUAGGCUAAGAGUUAGCUGUAUGGUGUUAUAUAAAAUUCAGCUGUAGUUAAAUAUUAGCAGUUUAGUGGCAAAAAAGAAAUCCAAGGGAAGGCUGAGGUUAAUUAUCAUGACCUGUGGUGUCUAAAAUCACAUGUCUUCCUCCGUUAAGUGUAGAUAUUUGCUUGUUUGUAGGGCAGGUCUCCUGUAUAAAGAUAGUGUUUGUAUUCACACCCAAUGAACAAACACCUCCACCCACUGUUGUUGUUUAAAAAAACUCCAGCUGCUCAUGAAUAUAGGGUCAGAGAGGGCCGUCUAAAUGUUUCUCUGUGCUUUCUCUCCAGCACAGCCAGCAGAGCUGUUUCCUGUUCUUUGUUUCAAGGCUGGGGUUUGCGUCAUACAUUCCAAGUGGCAUAUGUGUGCUCUUUCCUGUUUCAGGCUGUUUUUUUAGUAGACCAGUAGCCCAGUCCAGGCCCCUUGUCACUGCCCUGCAACUCCCAGUCUCCACCCAGUGAGUUAUCAUGUCUCUACACACUCGUGAUUGCUUAAGAUGCCUGUGUUAUGUCAGCAUGAGAAGUCUGAGUUAACCUUUUAACACACACCCUCUACUCCAAUAUAUUUACAUGGGUGAAUGAGUUUCAUUCCCUUUUCUAAAAACCUGUGUUUGACUCUCAAAAAAUUGAGUCUGAUUUCUCCUCUCACCUGUGCCAAUGUAAGUCUGGAAUAAUUCCAUUAAAGUCAAUGGAGUUGCAGUGGUAUAAUACCACUGCAAGUGAGAAGAGAAUCCAGCCCUAUAUAUUAAUUUCUGUGAAAACCUAUUGGCUUUUUCCCAUAUCUGUUCUGAAGAUACCACCGUGAUCAUUUUCUGUUCCAGUUUUGAUCAAGAUUAGAAUUGUACCAUUUUUCUGAAGAGAGGAAAGAUCGUACUAUUACCUGAAUUCAAGGAUCCAUACUCUUCCAGAUUUAAUGCAGGAAAAUGAGACACUAACAACUUUCUUUGGAUUAAAUGGAAAUACAAAUUGUAAGAAAAUUAUUUCAAGUGAACACCCAAGCUAAUAAUUUUGCCCAGGACUACACAGACAUCAGAAGAUUUCACUGAAAAGAUGCUAAUGUUUGACCCAGUCCCUAUCAAGCAAGAAGCCAUGGAACCUAUUUCACUGUCAUACCAGUCCAAUUACAUGGACCAAAUGAAGCCAAAUAAAUACAGUGUCAUUUAUCCAACCCCAAAUAUGUUGCACAAUAAAUUCUAUCCAACCCCAGAAGGACUAGCUAAUGGAAUCCAGAUGGAGCCAGUUGACCUUACAGUGAAUAAACGAAGCUCACCAUGUUCAGCUGGAAGUUCUCCUUCUCCUCUGAAAUUUCAGACUGUACAUAGAAGAGCCUCACCUGGAUUAACUUUGUCCUCUCCCAGCCCGCCUAUGAAAAAAUUCACCCCACCACCUCCCCCAGGAGUUCAGCCUUUUUCCAUGCCAUUAACAAUCCCUCCAGUAAUGGCUGCUCUUUCACGUCCUGGACUUAGGAGCCCUGGAAUACUUCCAGUUAUACAGCCACUUGUGGUCCAACCUGUUCCUUUUAUGUAUGCUCCACAUCUCCAUCAACCUAUAAUGGUGUCUACUGUUCUUGCAGAAGAGUUGGAAAAUCCAAGUAGCAUGCCAGUGCCUGUAAUUGAAUCUUAUGAGAAGCCCACAUUAAAGAAAACAAUCAAAGUAGAACCAGGAAUCGAACCACCAAGAACUGAGUUCUAUCCUGAACAAAUGUCUCCUCCAAUGGUGACCUCCUUGUCUCCUCAGCAAAUAAUGUUGCAAGAGAAUCACCCUUCAGUUAUAGUUCAGCCAGGAAAGAGACCUUUACCUGUGGAAUCUCCAGACACACAAAGGAAACGCAGAAUACACAGAUGUGAUUAUGAAGGUUGCAACAAGGUCUAUACUAAAAGCUCCCACCUAAAAGCUCACAGAAGAACGCAUACAGGUGAAAAGCCAUACAAGUGCACCUGGGAGGGUUGCACAUGGAAGUUUGCUCGUUCUGAUGAACUAACACGACAUUUCCGUAAACAUACCGGAAUCAAACCCUUCCAGUGCCCGGACUGUGACCGUAGUUUCUCACGCUCGGACCAUCUUGCUCUCCACAGGAAACGCCAUAUGCUAGUCUGAAUGUCUCUUGUCCCUCAACUCCCAUCACACUUUCUUUUUUACACGUGCAUUUUAAUUUGAAUUCAGCUGGUCUGAAUCUCUGAGCUUACACAAUUAAGAGCUUCCAUAUGGUCAGUAAUAGAUGUUAUCUAACCCUGCUAUGUCCUUGCCACGGGUCGGACCUAAAGAAUGUGAACAUUUUUUUUUUUUUUCCUAGGGAUGCUAAGCAAACCCUUCCUGCAGACAGUAUAUGUCAUGUAUUCCUUUGUGAAUAAGGGAAUUUGUAAACUAGCAACUUUGUUGGUUUUGCCAAAUAAUACAGCCAGCAUAUAUUGAUCAACUUGUAAAUGUUAUUGAAUAUCCAGUCCUUGCCAGAGACUUUAUUUAUGAGCCCCGCAAAGGAUACGUUCUCCUUUUAUGCUCAACAGUGCAAUGAAUGGACUUUCCAACAUUGCUGGUUACAGCAGCGUGUUUAAAGCAACACUUUUAGAAAGACACCUCUCACUGUAGAAAUCCCCUCUGCCAAGACAGUGAAUGACACUGUAAUAGCUAAUCUAAGCAAAGUACUCUCUUUACAUCAUGAAAGAUUAAGUGAUAACUGAUUUGGGCUAAAUGAAUAAUAUUAUUUGAAGAAUCAUCAGCAGAAAUUGAUGUAUAAAUAUGAUUGUGCCUCUAAACCAGCGUCACCUAUCUUUUGUAUUAUACUGCAGUAUGUGAGCUUGUGUUUAUUGCAUGAUGCUUCGGUAGAUUCCUUAAGUGUGUGAUUCCUGUGUGACACUAUCUCUGUUUUGUGUGCAGCUGUAUAGGUGGAACACACACGGUACUCCUAUGACAUGACAUGAAAUGACAUUCAUAGAGACCUACCAUACCUCAUUUCAGGGGGUAAAGAUGUAUCCCUUGAUAAUCACUCCCCUGUGUUUCCUGUUCUUUUAAAAACUUCAUCGUACCUCAAAAGCAGCAAUUGUCAUAUCAGAAUGCUCCAAACUGUACCAAUUGUGGAAGUGAGUGCCAAUUUGAUACACUACAGUAUUUAAAUUUUAGUUCACAAGAUUUUUUUGAUGGCAAAAAGCUAAAUGGCAUCCACUAGGAAGCACUUCCUGUGAGAAAUUGAGUUGUGUAAAUGUCUCAAAUGACAAGAGUAGGCUUGAUAAGCCAUUUAAUGACUCGUGAUUUGAUUUGUGGCUCUGUUGGUUUCUUGAUGCUAGGUGGACCAAGAGAUUCCAUGGAUGUGCUUGUUGUUUUAACAAAUUGAGUCAGAAAAGUUCAACUCCCAGUUUCAGUUAACAAAAUAAAAUAAAUAACCUAAAGUUUGGUGCUAAAUAUGUUCCACAACUUUGGAAGUGUUAACUGCAUUAAAAGGGAGGUUCCUGCAUUUAUUAGUUGGCUGCUUUUGUGGCACCAAAUGGAAACAAGAUGUAUUUGUCUAGACUGUUAUGCACCACAACGUUUUUUGUUCAGUUCAUUAUGCAAAUCAGGCAUAGUUCCUGCAAUAUGAAAAUGUCAUAGUCAAAUUUUCACCUCAUGGGAAAACUCUCUGGAAAAGAAAAUAUCUGCAUGCUGCCCUCUAUGCGAAAGAAUUUGAGACCCGGUGGCGCAGGAAGUGUUCAUGACCCUAAAAACUGUGGACAUCUGGAAAAUCCUGCAGAUCCAAGAGGAGUUGUGCCAGUUUACUCUCUUGGCAGUGUGGUUCACAUUUACCUGACAUCGACAGCUGCUCCCCUCUGUCAGCAAAACUGGCAGAAAGGGGAGCGUCUCCAGUAGUAUAAAUAUAGGCCAAUGUAUAGAUGUUUGAGGGUAAAGAAUAAAAUUAUACCUUACAGCUAUCUGAACUUUAAUGCCAAGUGUCAGAGUAAUUAGGGAUAUUUUCACUUACUGUACAGAAAAGUGCAAAGGGUGCUUCUGACGUAAAAUAUGAAGUAUUUCCCCUGCUCUAAAAUUAACAUAUACUAAAGUAUGGAACUGGACAUCCAUUUAUCUAAGGCAGCGAUUCUCAAUCAGGGUCCUGGAGCCCCCUGGGGGGCCGUGAGCAGGUUUCAGGGGUUCCACCAAGCAGGGCAUUAGACUCGCUGGGGCCCAAGUCGGAAAGCUGAAGCCCCACCACAUGGGGCUGAAGGCAGAGGCCUUGAGCCCCACAACCCAGGGCUCAAGCCAAAGCCACAGUUAUUGUGCCACAGGUGGGCUGUGGAGUUUUUAUAGCAUGUUAGCGGGGCCUCAGAAAGAAAAAAUUUGAGAGCCUCUGAUCUAAGGAAUCUCUUACCCUUUUGCAGUGCUGUGGUGUUACACAGUCAAAACAUACACUGAGGAAUGAGAAUUUUCAUACCAUAUCUCCCAGCACUUGGAAGUUUUGUGUGAAUGCUGGUGUAAGGGAUCUGAGCCACAUUCUGCUCUCCUGCACCACUGUAAGUCUGGAGUAACUUUCCUGGAAUCAGUUGAAGCUAUGCCAGAUUUAUAGUUGUGUAACUGGAUAGAAAUGUAACUACCAGGUAAAUUCUCUCAGCCUUCUGUUGAUACGUGGCUCUGUCAGCCACGUUCGAAAAAACUUCCUGGAAAGAGAGCUAGCAUAGACUAGACAAAUUUUUUUUUUUUAAAGUGCCCGUAACAUCACAGAAUCAAAAUUAAGCUCUAGUUAUUUACAGCUAGCUGUUCCAUACCUGAAGAACUCAUUAACUUUAAUAGGGGCUCCAUACAAUGAGCUGCCACAGACUCAAUUCCUGAAUUUGAACUUUGAAACAUAUCACAGGAGGAUAGGUGUUUGGCAUGCUGUGGAUGAAAACACUCAAUUAAAACCUGGAAACAAGCAGAUAGGAUCCUAUAAAGAAAGGCAGGUGUCAGACAUUCUAAUUCCAUUUCUAUUUUUAACUAAUUUAUUCGCAUCAAAUUUGAUAUUUUUUGUGACAUUAAAUUACCUGUGCUGCUAAUUUUUUUUUUUUUUUUUUUUUUGGUCUUCCAUAAAACAGUUUUGUUAAGUGUUUGCAUCUUUUGCUCUCUAUAAUCUGGGGCUGCGUGCUCUUCUGGCAUAACUCCACUGAACUUAACGAAGUUACUCCAGCAGAGCAUUAAAUCCCUGACAUGUAGGCUAUUAAAUCAAUUGUUAACCUGUUUGCCUCUGUUUUAAAAAUAUUUAUAAUGAAUUGUAGGGAGAAAUACUGUUAAAAUGCAAUAUAAUUAUAAAAUGCCCUUGGCCAUAUGCUUUAUGAUAUAGGACAUUGACAGCAGGUUUAAAUUUAAACAUUAAAUAGAAUCUUACUUGUAACUAAAUAAGGUAGUUUCAUGUAAAUGUCUUGUUAUAGGAUUUUUCACUUUAUAUAUGUGGUGUCAUACCUUCUGGGAAGUCAGAAAAGCGAUUACAAAGUAAAUUUUAUCUUUUUAGUUUAAAAUGUGAAUCUGCAUUUUAAAUGGGGCAUUAACUCUAACUUUGGUUUGGGGAGUGCAUCCAAAAAAAAUAUAAGGAAAUACUAAACAAGUAUCAGCUCCAGUCUAGAGAGCUCACUCCUCCUCUUGUUGACCUGAAUGGAAGCAGGACUGGGUCUAAAGACGCACACACAACUCUGCUGCAGGAUUUGCUUUGUGUAUUUAAAAGAAAACCCUGUGCACUAGCAGUAUUGCACUGUAUAGUACGUAACUUGGAAUACCAUUAUACUGAUAUUGUACCUGUAUGUACCAUUCAACAUUAAAAUGGAUUACAUAUUUCCAAGACAAUCCUUCGGAGUUAAAUAGGUAUGACAGUAAUGUGGUUUUAUUUAAAUAUACACUGUAGUUCUGUAGUGAUCUGUCUAAUGCCACAAGCUUGUCUGAAUAUGUUGUCUGUGUUUUGUGUCUGUCAAGGUUAGCAAACUGUAAAUGAAUGCAAAUCCUUUCUUAAACAAAAAACAUUUUACAUGUAUUAAGAGGGUUACAAAAAUGUUCAUUGUCUUACAGAUAUUAGCACUUUUCUGCUAUUUAUGUACUUUAAAUGUUAGAGGGUCAAAAUAAUCUUUCUGCUUAGCAUUUCUUAAAACAUUACCUGCAAAUAUAGCAGGGAUAUUACAUUUACUUUAAUACUUGUGUAAACUAUACAGAAAUUUUUUUAAUAAAAUGUAAUAUAUUUUAUAAGCUAAUAAGACUGAGUGGGUAAUAAAAGGUUUAUAGCAUGCAUUACUAUAACUUGCAAAUACUGAAACAUUUUGGUAAUCUUUCUUACUAAAGAUGUGAAUGUUUAAUGUACUUUCACUGUUUCUACUUUGGUAGUCCAAUGGGAAUUCAGUAAUGACAUUUUGUCAUGUCAAACUGUGAACAUAAAUUUGUACUGUACAGUCCUCAUACUAUAUACAGUAUACAAUAUGUAUUAUACUUGUUAAUAAAACUAUCAGAAUAUUAAA